UGGCCCCGGGUUCAGCUGUGGAGGAGAGAGCCAGGGGAGGGCAGGAGUCGGGGACGGCAGCUCUGGGGCUUCCAUCGCAGGAAGCCAAGAUGCCAGGAGCUGCGCCCCAGGGCCCAGCAGGAGCCGUCUAUCACCAUGGCAACUGAGGGGCCCUGCGCCAGCCCUACCCUGGCCCCCGAGGAGCCUCCAGCCAGCCCCACCCUGGCCCCGGAGGAGUCUCCCGCCAUUACCAGCCUGGCCACGGAGGAGCCUCCCGCUAGCCCCACCCUGGCCACGGAGGAGCCUCCCUCCAGCCCCACCCUGGCCCUGGAGGAGCCUCCCGCCAUUACCACCCUGGCCACGGAGGAGCCUCCCGCCAGAACCACCCUGGCUACGGAGAAGCCUCCCGCCAGCCCCACCCUGGCCCCGGAGGAGCCUCCCGCCAGCCCAGAACAGGAGUUGAGCGACGGCGCGACAAACCCCAGCAGCUCCGCAUACUCCUGCGGGGCCAGCAGCUCCUCCGUGGGGUCUGGCAGCCCAGAGUUUCUAGGCUCCCUCUUUGGAGACACCCCCAGUGCCCAGGUGUCGUGGCCUGAGGAGGAGGAGGAGAAGGAAGAGGAAGAAGAGGAGGAGGAGGAUUCGUCCCCCAUCACGGUGAUCCAGCAGCACCUCAAGGGCAGAGCUGAGGUACAAAAAUCCCCCAGCUGCGCUGCCCCCCAGUCUGUCCUCCUCCUUGUUCCAUCCCCACCCAGGCAGGGGGGCUUGUCCCAGAGAAUCCCUCACCCGCAAUGGGGGGACACAGCUCCUCUGUUAUCUGGCACCCCAAAGUGGGGACAUUUGUCCCACACAGGCCAAGGUUUCCGCUACUCGCAGACACUAUCCCAGUUCCAACCCCAUGUCUGUGCAGGGCGACACUGGUUUCGGGAAGGGGGCGGCUUUCCCUGUCCAGCCCCAUGGAGGUCCUGAGCCCUGGAGCUGGUUUGGGUUGGGCGGGGAGGGCCCUAUGUAACAGGCUCUCUCUCCC